UCAUGAGCCGCACUAUAACAGUAUUUUAAUAGACGGGUUAGGGUAUGGACAGCCCAGGAUUCUCCUCAUCGCAUCACCGCGUCUCGGCAUCUGUAAGUUUUUAUUAACGUUAUAGUACGGGGAAAAUGCUAGCUUGUUGAGCUAAUUUGUCACGUAGUUACUAAUGAGACACUUUUUCGUUUCGAGUGAACUUCACGUUUGUGUUCGUGGUAAAAAUAUCGGGUUGGUACGCUAACCGACGGCUGACCGUUUUUGCUUUCAUAGCGUGCUACGUGUUACCUACGACUCACAAAGCGGCUAAGGUUGUUGACUGGUUAGGGUGAGGGAUGGGGGCUCGGUUCACGAGAAGGUAGCAGAAUUUGACAGAACACGUGACGUGUGUGGGGACCAAGUCGGGACUCGAGGCAUGUCGGUGGCCUGUGGGGCUCUUUGACUCAGCCUUUGAGCGACUGACACCAGCUGGUAGAAUAUCAAGCUGUUCACUAGCCGAAUACUGACGGAUACUCAUGAUGCACCAGGAGGGCUCAUUAAUGACCCCCUUACUCGUUGGCGUAUUUUGCCAGUGCCGGUCGACCGACACCCACCAAGGGGUCGACCCCGGUGGUGGAGGCGGACACGCCGAGGACCCCUCAUCAACUUACCCAUCCAAACCAGUCACCCCCCCGCCCCUGGCCGCUGACUUGCACUCGAACCUUGGCCAGCCAUCGCAUCCAUGUGACAUAUGUGAAGGACCCGAGCAGGAGCACAGGCUGAAGGUGCUGUUCCAGAUCCUGGAUGUGAACGGCGAUGGAGGUAUUUGUGUCAACGACCUGACGAUUGGGCUGAAGAAACUGGGGGUACAUCGCACUGAACACGAGCUCAUGAAAAUAGUGAAGGCGGGAGACAAAGACCUGGACGGACAGUUAGACUUUGAGGAGUUUGUUCAUUAUCUGCGAGACCACGAGAAGAAACUCAGGCUGGUCUUCAAGAGUUUGGACAAAAAAAAUGAUGGCCAGAUCGACUCACAAGAAAUCAUGCAGUCUCUGCGUGACCUGGGAGUGAACAUCUCUGAGGAUCAGGCAGAGAAGAUUCUCAAAAGAAUAAGGAGGGGUCAUAUCUGGUCCCCUGUCUUGUAUAUGGAUAAAAAUGGUACAAUGACGAUUGACUGGAAUGAGUGGCGGGAUUACCACCUCCUGCAUCCAGUGGACAACAUUCCUGAGAUUAUACUUUACUGGAAACACUCCACGAUCUUUGAUGUUGGGGAGAGUUUGCUGGUGCCUGAUGAGUUCACAGCAGAGGAGAAGAAAACAGGCAUGUGGUGGCGACACCUAGUGGCUGGAGGUGGAGCUGGGGCAGUGUCUCGAACCUGCACAGCACCACUGGACAGACUCAAAGUACUCAUGCAGGUUCACUCCUCUAAAAGCAACAGCAUGCGUAUUGCUGGUGGCUUUGGCCAGAUGAUUCGAGAGGGUGGUGUGAGGUCACUGUGGCGAGGUAACGGCAUCAAUGUCAUCAAAAUUGCCCCGGAAUCUGCUAUUAAGUUUAUGGCCUAUGAACAGAUUAAACGAUUAAUUGGAAGUAACCAGGAGACGCUGGGUAUCGCAGAGAGAUUGGUGGCCGGCUCUUUGGCUGGAGCAAUAGCUCAGAGCAGCAUUUACCCCAUGGAGGUUCUGAAGACACGGUUGGCCCUGAGAAAGACGGGUCAGUACUCGGGCAUUUUGGAUUGUGCCAAACAUAUCUCCCAGAAGGAGGGUUUGGCUGCUUUUUACAAGGGCUACGUCCCCAACAUGCUGGGCAUCAUUCCCUAUGCUGGGAUCGAUCUGGCUGUCUAUGAGACUCUGAAGAAUUCAUGGCUGCAGCGCUUUGCCACAGACAGCGCAGACCCAGGAGUGUUUGUGCUCCUGGCUUGUGGCACCACUUCAAGCACAUGUGGCCAGCUGGCCAGCUACCCGCUUGCCCUGGUCAGGACUCGAAUGCAGGCACAAGCUACUCUGGAAGGAGGCCCUCAGAUGAACAUGACAGGCCUGUUCAGACACAUCAUUAGGACAGAGGGGGCCAUGGGACUCUACCGAGGCCUGGCACCUAACUUCAUGAAGGUUAUUCCAUCGGUCAGCAUCAGCUACGUAGUAUAUGAGUACCUCAAGAUCACCUUGGGAGCCCAGUCCAAGUGAGGAGGGUGGUGGACAAAAGAUUUCAAGAGGCCAAAGGGUUUUUAUUGCUCUUCGUUUGUGCUGAUGCUUGUUGGGACCCAAGAAACAAGCAGCUGAAAUUUUACACAGUUAAAUCAAAUGCUCAGAUUCAAGGUGUCAAAGGAGAAAUGUCAGAUGUUAUGAUGAAGUGAGUGAAGAGGAACAAGAACUCGUACACACUAAUGAAGGCUUUUUGGUGAAAGAAGCUUCACUGAAGCUUCUGUUUUUUUUUUUUUUUCAUCAUUCCGUUAGUGGUCCAGAAGCGCUUCAGCACCUGUCACCUUUGUUUAGGAAGACAAGACAAAAGUUUACACUGAAUUCACUGAAGGUGUUUACCGGUGUGCCAGUAAAAUGUGCCUGCCUGCUCUGAGUUAGUGUUGUAGUAGAUGUAGUCCUGCUGCUCUGUGUAAAGGAAGAAUCUUUAUUUUGAAGGGCUUUGCUAAGGCAUAUCACAAAGCGUUUCCCAUGUCUCUCUACUGAAACACUGGGACACUACUUAUCUGACUGCACAGAGCUGAGGUGGAUAAACCCUCUGCAGGUAUGUAAAUUCCUCUUUUGCAUGUAAUAUUGCUCUUUAUAAUGAUGUAGAUGUGAGCCGCAGCUUUGUUCUGUUAAUAAGGUGAUCCAUGGUGAAAAGAACACUAGGAGAUUAGUAAAAAUACAUUCAGAUUUGGAUUGGGAAGCACUUUUAGUACUACCUCUUAUCCUUGUUCGCAUUACCUUACAUGAAGACAGAAUUUUGAAAACAUUAACUUCCAGUGCAAAGGACUCGUGCAGAAUAAUGGACCAUAAGCAAUGCAUAUGAGGGAAACAAAUCACAACUAAAGUGAUUGUGCAAUUUGAUGGUCUGUGAUGUAAAUAUGUAGAGCAGUGACAGUCUUCUAACUUGAAUUUUAGAGAAUAGUUGAAUUUCUCAGCAUCGCCAUUUAAAGUGAGAAGAUGAGACUGUUGCUGAAUAGCGUCCACUGCAUCAACAAGCGAAAAUGACAAGGUAAAGGAACACUGAAUGUCUUUUGUAUCCUCCAGUCACUUGCUUUAAAGAGUAAAAUGUGACCACAAGGAGGAAACAACAUUUCUCCUGCUGUUUGGUGUAGAGCUACUGAAAUGUAGUGUGACAGUUGCACAGUAAUAGCAAGGUGACCUGACUCUGUAAUGUCAGUCACACAGCAACACUAACCUGUCUGACGUUUGCCAGCAUUUGUUAUGGUUGUACUGGACUGUUUGAGGUUGUAGCUACAUUAUGUUGAGACAGGUAUGUUUGGUUUGUUAUUCAUUUCAAAAUUUCAUUUGUAGAAGGUUGUGUUUUUUCUUUUACCAGUUAUGUAGUUAUUGAAUAGAAUCUGUCUGUAGAAAAUGUGUGUUUAGUAUCUACCAGUAAACUAAGUGAGGGCAGCAGCAACAGGAGAAAUGCUGACUGAAGCUACUUGUCUACCUUUGACUUUGGAGCUGGGUGUAAUAGUGAGCACUCGCCACUUACACAACAGAUCAGGAUAAAUGAGCCUGCCUGCUUUUAGAUUCUGUGGAUGCCCACAACUUUGCACUCCCUACCAAAUAAACUUUAGAAUCGUU